CUAGUGCACUCCUCUAAUGUAAUGUUUUAAUCGUAGCAGCUUGACAGUGUGGACUGCAGAGGGCAGGUUAGGUCAGUAAGGCUGGAGGGUUGGUUUCUGGCUUACUUUCCCUGAAUGGGAUUCUAUGAAGGGGAUUAUGGGGACCAGUCCAGGGCGACCUAGGGGUGGGAAACUAAAGGAUUGAUUCAAAACACUGGACUUGGACUCCAUCAGAACAGGCACAGCUGCCCAGGAAUAAAGACCUUGUCGGCACUGAGACGAAGGCAUAGCUCUGACCCAGAAUGCAGUGUUGGGACAACCUGAUCAACACCCUGAGCUGUGUGCUAUUCCUGAUGGGAGUGAGCCACUUGGUGCGUCUGCCCCAGGCCCCCUACGGACGCUACCUGGACUUGGGGCUGUCCUCCUCCUCCUCCAUGCCCAGGAUGAUGCCUGCUAGGCUGGCCUGGUUCCUCCAGGAGCUCCCCUCUCUCCUGGUACCCCUGAUAAUGAUGACUACCACACCCAACCACACGGGGUCCAGCCUGGGGACCAGCCUGCUACUGGGGACCUUUUGUCUGCACUACUUCCAGAGGACGUUUGUGUACUCGGUGCUGAUGCGAGGACGACCGUUCCCCCUCCGUGUGAUGAUAGAGGCGGGGGUGUUCUGCAGUCUGAACGGGUUCACACAGAGUCACUACCUGGUCCACUGUGCCCACUACCACCCCACAUGGACCUCUGACACACGCUUCCUCAUUGGUUCAACUCUAUUUCUCCUGGGAAUGGCUAUCAACGUCCACAGUGACUAUCUUCUACGGAACCUGAGACAGCCAGGAGAAGUCGUCUACAAGAUCCCUAAAGGGGGUCUGUUUCGAUACGUGUCGGGGGCCAACUACUUUGGUGAAAUUGUGGAGUGGUUUGGCUACGCCAUGGCAACCUGGUCGCUGACUACCUUCUCCUUUGCCUUCUGCAGUAUGUGCUUUAUCGGACGACGGGCAGUCCACCAUCACAGGUACUACCGUGAGACAUUCCAUGACUACCCCAGGUCACGGAAAGCUCUGAUUCCAUUCAUCUUCUAAAGAACAGAUGAAGCUUCUGCAUUCCAACCAUAGGACUGGGAGACCCCAAACAAGCUCUUUAGAUCGGGCUUGCAUUCCAACCAUAGGACUGGGAGACCCCAAACAAGCUCUUUAGAUCGGGCUUGCAUUCCAACCAUAGGACUGGGAGACCCCAAACAAGCUCUUUA